AUGGUCACAAAAUACACAAUCUGUCUGUUGGCACUUGCAUCUGCAGCGUUUGCACAGAGCUGCACAAAUCCACAAGUUGAGGCUUCAUCCUUUACAAGUUUAGAUGCUACAGUAGUCACACAAAUAGCUUACAUUACUGAAUUUACACUAAAAUGUGACAAUCCAUUGCCUGAAAACUACGCGUUGUACGCCGAAGUUGACGGAAAGCCGUUAUCGGCUGCCCGCAUUGCAGAAAAUAAAUAUCAGGUAUCCUGGACUGAAGAGCCAGCUAAGGCCAGGUCAGGCGUCCAUGAAGUUCACAUCUUAGACGAGGAAGGUUGGGCCUCACUGCGUCGUGCUCGCCGCGCCGAUCCUAAGGCUACCGUCGCUCCCCUUAUAGCUAUCCAGCUUCAUCACCCAGGCAGUUACUCUGGACCUUGGGUGAACUCCGAAGUCCUCGCGACCGCAAUCUCCAUCCUUGUCGCCUACACAGCUCUCCGCAACAAGAGCAAAAUUUUAGCAUAA